AAGAAUUGUUUGAGGUUGUUGAGCAGCACCGAAAUGCGUGAUUUACGCAUUUGUAUGUAAUUACGAAAAUCGUCGGCUCCUAGCUGCUUAAGUAAAUAGAACGUGGCUGAAUUUCUGUCCUUGCAUUUUUCACUUGUUUGCCCACAGUUUGCUCCCCGCUUCUUUUUCUUUCCUUGUUACCUUUAUAACAACCAAGGCGAACUUCGUUUUUGUUUUUGUGUAAAACUAAGCGGGAUCUCUUUGAACAUAAACGCAAUGAAUGAAAGAUAAACAAAUCACAACUACAGGCGGCCCUGCAAUCGCUGGGUGCAAUCGGACGUGACGUGUGUAGACGCUCACGGAAUUGGCCGGUCGGUCGGUGGUCCGAAAAAUUGGUGUGUGUGUCGGGGCCUUCAGCCUGAACCGAUAGCUGUGCUACAGGUUAGCGUUGUCGUCCCUCAGAGGGCGUGCGUGGCUGAUGCUGGCUUAUAUUAUAGUGGGCCGUGACAGAAAGUCACUUCUGCUCCGAAGUUUGUCAACAGUAACGGGAUAAUCCAUAACAGGUCCAUGGCGGCUUCAUCGGGAUACCGAAAUCAACCAGAACAGGAUGUCAAUAGUGAUGACGAGUUCCCUGAGCAGCAAUUCCCGCCGUACGCUAGAGUCGUACCCCCGGAGGAGAGGACGCCGGAGAGCUCUGUGAGGAGACGUCGCCGCCCCCGCCGGUCGCCGCCCACGGUGACAAAGCUGUGCCUGCGAUCGCUGCGAGUCAGCCGCCACAUGCUGUCCACGCUGCUGCGCUGGUUCGCCGCGCGGCCGCUGGGCCAGCGAGCCCUCGAGGCCGUGGGAUACACGCUGACCACCGUGGAGCGCGCCACCAUCUGGGCCGGGUCCGCCACGGGUGAAGCUGCUGAUCGUCUGCCGCUGCCUUUCGCGUGGUACGCCAUGAUGCCUGUAGUUAUGGCGCUCAUGGUCAUCAGGAUGGGAGCUGCUCUAGCUGAGAGGUACCUCGACGUCCAACUACCGGACAACAGGGAGCUGGUGAGCUGGCUCGAAAGGCAGCGCAUCGAACUGGAAGAACUUCAGGCUGCUACGGCGUGGAACAUACGCACCGAAUGUAUCGACGAAAGUGACACCACGCAUAGCUUCCUGAACAAGUGGCCGUUCAACAUCCCAUACAAGGCAGCGCAACAACUUGGAAUCAUCCCGGCGAAGGUUAAGCAACCAUCAGGUACUGAAUUAGCCUCGAUGCCGCUUCUGGAACCCAUGACGAAUCCCUCGUCUGAUUCCUCGUCUGACUCUUCGUCAGAUUCGUCGUCGACCCUGACUGAAGAUGACAAACCCGCAGCACCCAGCUCCAGGGAGGUUACACCUCCGCCAGAAACUGCUGGGGACAGAAGCAUGUACUUCAGUCCUGCCGGCGACAAGCAAAGCAAAGAAAAAAUUGAGGCAGAGGAGCAGCAAGAAGAGAAACAGGAAGAAGUGGAAGGCGAGAAAAUCCAAGAAGAGAAGGCAGAACAGCAGCCGACGAUAACUGCAGCGGAUGCACAGCGGGCAGCGAGGGCUGUACUGCAGCCACAGCCAUCGGCCCCUCCCGAGUGCAUUCUGUCUGCUGAGGAAGCGGAGAGGGCAGCCAUGGACGUAGUACCUCCACCCCCUCCAAUACCACCGUUCUUACCUGCAUCCUCGGAGAACCUGCUGGCUGCUGAAGGUGCCUCUCGGUCCGAACCUUCCACUAGCAGGACAGAGCAGAAAGCAAGCUCCAAAGCCCCUAAGAAGACGGUGUUCCUCAAUCUGUUCGGAGCAAAGUAAAGUUAAAAUCUCCCUGUACAUACAUCAGCCGCUGUUUUUGAGAAUGUAAAUAAGAAAUGUUGCCUUAGAUAAGAGAAUGGUAUGCAACAAAUUUUAAGAGAAUGAAUUUUAAUGUGCUAAUAUAGACUGAAUGAUUUAUAUUCAUGGAAAUUGUAGUUUGAUACGAAUGCUCGUUUUCGUAUGUGGGUAAGCCAAAAAACAAGUUUUAAAAUGCUAUAUAGUCUUAAGCAUGCAUGUGAUGACUGUAACGUUUCCUGUUCAAUCUGCGAUCCAUUAAAUUGUCAGCAGCAAA